GAUCAGUUAAAGGUUGGGAUCAGCAGUACAGAUCUGGAGAUUCCUCACUAUCAGUACAUCUUCAAGCCUAUCUUUGCUUCGGCUAAAAUGUGCAUCAACCCGACGGCUGAGCUGGAACUGAAGAGUCCAAAACUAGACCUGAACCUGGAGGUCCAGAACAUCGACAUCCAGAUCACCAGACCUCAGUACCUGAGUGUGGUGCAGGCUUUGGAGUCAGUGGACUGCUCGGUGAGGAGCGCCCCCUACAGGAGGUUCAGACCUGAGGGGUCGGUCCACACCAAUGCCAAGCUGUGGUGGGACUACGGCUACAAGAGCGUGCUGCAGGACCACCGCAGACGGGUCAGAACCUCGUCCUGGUCCAGCAUCAAAAAGCACCGUGACAACCUGAAGGCCUACAAGCUGGCCUAUAAGAACAAGAUCCUGAACCAGAAGCUGGGGGCCGAGGCCGAGAGGACUCUGCAGGAUCUGGAGAAGGAUCUGGACGUCUUCAACAUAACGCUGACCCGGCAGCAGGCCCACAUGGAGGUGAUCCGGUCUGGCCAGGCGGGGGGGAAGAAUGCGGCGGGGGGCCAGAAGAAAGGGGGGGGGGGAGGUUUCUUCAGCAGCUUCUUCGGGAAGAAGAACAAGAAGGAAGAGCCGGAGGAGAGAGAGGAAGUUUCAGGCUCAGGAUUGGACGAGCUGAUGACGGCGGAGGAGAAGCAGAAGCUGUACACGGCCAUCGGGUACAGCGGCAGCUCUCACAGCCUGAACCUGCCCUCACAG